AUGUAUCAUGAAAAACGAAGAAGUCCUAAUGAUGGAAAUCACAAUUCAAAGCGUCAACGAAUUUCUAAAAGACCUUUUACUUUUUUGGAUUAUAAACAUAUUUUGGAAAAAGUGUUUUUUAAUGAAGAAUUAGUUGAAGAUAUUAAUGAUGUUUGGCGAUUCGUAAAAAUAUAUGAAUCAUUUACUAUGAAAAAAAUAAACUCUGAUAAUUCUGUUAUUCCCAAUUUAAGUUCUAAUCUUCUUAAUCUCCCAGAAGUGUUUGACAAAAUUCAUUUAGUCAACCUAAAAUUUAAUUAUUCUGAUGAUGAAUUAGCUUCAAGAUUACCUACAUACGAUCAAGAAGAAACUUAUGAAAAGAGACCUUUAACUAAAGAAGAUAUAUCUAAGUUUCGUGAAUUGAUUCUUAUAUACAUGGAUUUUAAACAAAAAGAAAAGUUUGACAAAUUGAAAAAACUUAGAGAAACACAACAAAAUUUACCAGUUUAUCAAUUCAAAGAUGAAAUAAUUGAAGCAGUGAAACAUCAUAGAGUUGUAAUUAUUGCUGGAGAUACUGGUUGUGGAAAAUCUACACAAAUUCCUCAAUACUUGUCAAACGCUGGUUUUAAGAGAAUAGCUUGCACUCAACCACGUCGUAUUGCAUGUAUAUCGCUAUCAAAGAGAGUUGCUUAUGAAUCUUUAUCCAUUCAUAACAAUGAUGUUGGAUAUCAAAUUCGAUUUGAAAAAACAGUUAAUAAAGACACAAAAAUUUUAUUCUUAACUGAAGGAUUAUUAUUAAGACAGGUCUGCGGGGAGGAUUUAUUAUCACAAUAUGAUGUUAUUGUUUUGGAUGAAAUACAUGAACGUCAUUUACAUGGAGACUUUUUGUUAGGUGUUAUGAAAUGUUUAUUGCAUCAAAGAUCUGAUGUUAAACUUGUCCUUAUGUCUGCUACAAUAAAUGUAGACCUGUUCAGCAAAUAUUUUUCUCCAUUAGCCAAAUUGAUACAGGUACCAGGUCGCUUAUAUCCAAUUAAGUUAGAGUAUCAUCCAAUUGUUAGUGAAAUGAAAGUACUAGGCAAGAAAUCAGAACGUUUCGAUCCAUCUCCUUUUAUAAAAAUUAUGCAUAUGAUUGAUAAAAAAUAUCCUAAACAUGAAAGAGGGGAUGUACUUAUGUUUUUAAGUGGUAUGGCGGAAAUUACAGCGGUGGUAGAUGCAGCAAGAGUUUACUGUGAAAAAAAUGACUCUUGGAUUAUACUUCCUUUGCAUAGUUCAAUGUCAUUGGGAGAACAAGAUAAGGUUUUUGAUUAUGCACCUGAAGGUACGAGAAAAUGUAUUGUAUCUACCAACAUAGCAGAAACUUCUAUAACUAUAGAUGGCAUUAGAUUUGUUGUUGAUUCUGGAAAGGUAAAAGAAAUGAGUUAUGAUUCAACCAGUAAAGUACAAAGACUUAAGGAAUUUUGGGUGAGCAAAGCAAGUGCCGACCAACGCAAAGGGAGAGCUGGUCGUACCGGUCCUGGAGUUUGUUAUCGAUUGUAUUCUGAAGAUGAAUUUAAUGCUAUGGCAGAAUACAGUACACCUGAGCUACAAAAAGUACCCCUUGAUGCAUUGUUAUUGCAAAUGGUGGCCAUGGGUUUGCCUAAUGCUCGACUAUUUCCAUUCAUUGAACCACCACAACCAGAAAAUAUAGAAAAUGCCAUAGAAUCUUUAAAACAACAUGGGGCAUUAACAAAAGAAGAAAAGUUGACCCCUAUUGGUAAAAUGUUAUCACAACUUCCAGUUGACAUACCACUUGGAAAAAUGUUAAUAAUGGGAUCUCUGUUUGACCAAUUGGAGCCUGUAUUGUCAUUAGCGUGUGUUCUUUCAGUUCAAACACCAUUCACUAAUAAAGCAUAUAAAGAUACUGAAUGCGAAAGGGCAAGAAUGGAUUUAGAAUCUGAUCAUGGUGAUCCAAUAAUUUUACUUAAUGCAUUUAAGCAAUGGCUAGAGUUGAAGAGUAAUGGUCAAAACACAAAUACACGUCAAUGGUGUAAAAGACGGGGUUUUGAAGAACAACGUUUUUAUGAAAUGACCAAACUGAGGCGACAAUUUAAAGAUUUGUUGGAUGAAUGUGGUUUAGUAAAAAAUGAAGAAAAAAAUAUGGAUGACAUGACUAGUGCUGAAAGAGCUCUUAGACAUGGUGAACUAAAACUGUUACGUGAUUUGAAAAAAACUCACAAAGAGGAAGAUUCAAGAAAGAGAAAAGUAUUAAAAAAAGAUAUGUGGGAAAUUGAGGAUAAUUUAGAUGCUGAAGAUGAUUCAGUGGAUAUAAGAGAUAUAGAUUUUAGAUUGCGGCAUAAUCAACAUCAAGUUAAACAAUUAUUGAAAGGAUCUACUGCAAUUAGCUAUAAAGACUUAAUGAUGUUAAAAAUAAUUUUAAGUAGCGGAUUGUAUCCUCAUAUAGCAAUUAGUGAUGAGUUCAAUUCCUGCAAGACUACUAAGGAACAUUUAUUUCAUACUGAAGGUAAACCAUUUGUAUCUCUUCAUCCUAUGAGCUAUUUUGGUAAUCAUGCAGAUGUGCUUCAACUCACUGAAUCUGAAAUAAUCUAUGUUCCUGAGUUUAAAGGAAAAAAUACUGUAAGCUCUAAGCAUCAAAUAUUAAUAUAUAUGUCACUUUUGGAAACUACCAAAGCGUAUAUUAUGAACUCAUUACGGAUGCCAGGAGCACAGACUCUUCUUUUAUUUAGCAGAAACAUUUGCACUAAUAGGAAUUUCUCUCAAAUCAUUUGCGACUCUUGGUUGAAACUGGAAUUUCCUCUACCGGAAGCUGCUGAAAAUUUAAUACUUAAAGCUUCAAAACUUCGUAAUACUUGGGAUAAUCUUUUGAAACUUAAGCUCGAAAAAAGCAGUAAUAGGAGAGCAGAACGUCAACUGUCCGUAGACAUGGUACAAUUUAUGAACGCCGAAAUCGGUUACACAAUAAAGAGGCUCUUAGCUGCUGAUCAAAAAGUCAUGUAUGUCGGACCGUCUGGCGAACAAGUAUCAUUUACGGGUCCUAAUCCUUUUUGCGGUGAUGACUGGCAGGUGUGUGAAGAUGAUAAAUAUGGUGGAAUAAGACUAGCACCGUAUUUGACAUAUGAUUGUUUAACGGGUCAAAGCCUAGUGGUGUAUGAACCUUGGGUUUGUCCCUUUUGCAACAACACAAUAGAAGUGACGAGUGCUCUUGAAAAACUGCAACAUCGGCAAGUAUGUGACUCUCAAACUACUUCCGGCACCGCUGAAGGUGAACAACGUGAAGAUGCUGUGGUGAAAUUAAAACCAAACGCCAAACGUUACGACUGUCCUCACUGUCCAGAAGUACUAUAUUUGACUCCUACUGAAAUGCUUAAACAUAAAAAAUCACAUUUGUAAUUUAUAUUUUUAUUAUCAUUAUUAUUGUAAAUUUUACACGAUUACA